AUGCGGGCUCAAAGGAUACCCGCUGCCUUGCUACUAUUGCUCAUCGCAAUCGAUUCUCUGCACGCAAAUAGAAGAAAGCAAAAAGAAAAAGUCAUUCAAACCUCAAUAAAUAUUUGCGACAUCAGCGACAGGGAUUCAAAAGUACACUGCUACUGCGAACACAGUCCAGAUAUCAACGAAGCCACUAAAACAGAAUGUUGGGUGUUCAAUGGCGGAAUAGAGAAAACGGACCCGUUGUGGACAAGUUUCACGUCGCAAAUGAAUAUCGAAAUUCUCGCAUUCAAUGUACGCGCAGAUGGCGGCUUGAGCUUUGUCCCUACCAGAGUUCUGAGAUACCUCCGAAAGUUAACACAGUUUAGCAUUAAAUAUAGCUCAAUAUCUAGAAUAGAAAGUUUCACAUUCACUAACUUAACAUCCGUACAUGAGAUGACGCUAACAAAAAAUCAAAUUGUCGUUUUGAAUAGACACGCUUUUUACAACCUUCCAAAUCUAACAGUUCUAACAUUAGACGAGAACAAAAUUAAAAAAUUAGAAACAGAAACCUUUUUCGAGCUACCAGCACUACAAAAACUUUUCCUAACCAGUAAUAAUAUCACUGUAAUAGAGGAUGGUGCAUUCAAACACCUGGUUAAUUUAUUAGAAUUAGAACUCGAUAGAAAUAAUAUAAGCGAUUUGAAAAAGGAAUGCUUCGACGGACUUGCUAAUUUAAAAAGAUUAGAUUUAAGAAGAAAUAAGAUAGCUAUAUUGAAUUCAUUUACAUUUAUCGAAUUAUGGAAUCUACAGGAUCUCUUAUUAGAUUAUAAUGAAAUUUAUGAACUAGCUCAGAGGACAUUUGAUGGUUUAUCUCAGUUGAAAAAGUUAAGCUUAAGUUACAACAGAUUAAUAACAUUAGCUGAUGGGCUGUUUGAAGGAGUACGAGGAUUGUCUGCACUCAACCUGCGUCAUAAUAAAUUAAAGAGAUUCACAAUUGAUAAUCUACGUCCGAUUUAUGACAACAUCAAAUUACAGAAAAGUGAAAUCUCUUUAGAAGGUAACGAUUUCGAUUGCGACUGCCACCUGGCUUGGAUGCACAAAUUACGUAAUGAGGCAAAAAGUAUUAAAGUGAGAACGUCUUUAGAAAAUUUUCUCUGUAAAUUAAACUUUACUCUACUACCCAAUUCACAUUUUACGUACUACGAGAGAAUUGAUACGAAAAAUAAUGUAGAUAGCGAUAAAAUAAAAGACGACGCCGAAAAUACAGAAGAGUUUCACGAUGAAAUCGAUGAAAGUUACUUAGACGAACCCAAGAAAGUGAGAGGUGAUAACGAAAGAACGUUAUUACAAAUUCCUGUGGAAUUAUUGCCUUGUCCCGCCGAGGUUAAGAGCGUAACCGAUAGGACCUACACUUACCCGUCUCAAAACGAAGCGAAGGAUUAUAGGAAUCUCAUCACAACAUCGUCUAUAUCGACGAUCGGCGUAAAUAUUUCAGUUUUCCUCCUAUCAUUACUUUUAUUGUUAGGGUAA